CCACUUGGCGACGACCUGUCGACUGUUAUUUUCAUUCUUAAUCACACAUUGCGACGGAACAGACUUCCCUCACUUUCUAAACAACCUUUUAUAACCCUCUUAAGUAUAAAUUCCCGAUAAAAAGUUAUUGUUUAUCGAAACGCCGAGUGUUUUCGUUGGGUGGCGAGCGAUGAAUAUAGCUGACAUAAUUUCAAUCGAUCUGAGUAACGAUCGCGACUACCCAACAACUUCAUCCAACAAUUCAUCGUUAGACGUCGAGGUGGACAGUAGCAACGAGCGCCAUCUACCAGCAGGGAUGAGCUAUGACAAAAGCGAGCCACGUGUGUUACAAUCAUCGUCCAUCAGUCAAUCACUGUACGUGCAACCGCCACACGAAAGCAUCCUGAAAUUUCCUCCGCCGACUGCAUCACCGCCGGAAAAUCUCCUGGAAGUUGAACCCACCGGAAGUGGAAAGAACUACUCGGUUCUUACGAUCAACUACGCCAGAUCUCAGGAUCCGGGAUGCUGCAGAGCUAGUGAACCAAUUGGAUACGAAAUUAGUGGUGAUUUCAGUGCUAAAUCGUAUGAGUGUCUCCAGCCAGCCAGUUACGAUCCUGUGGGGAAUGGUGCUCAACGAAAAGUGACCACACUCAGUCCGUACGAUACCAGUUUGUGGAAAAAACGUGCGCUUGAAAUUGAAAAAGAUUACAAGAAAACUGCAUGCGAUCGUGAGCGUACUCGAAUGAGAGACAUGAAUAAAGCAUUCGACCAACUUCGUUCUAAGCUGCCACAUACGAAGCCUUCUGGGAAAAAAUAUUCUAAAAUUGAAUGCCUACGACUUGCUAUUCAAUACAUUCGUCACCUACAACGAGAACUACAGUUUCCUACUACACCCUCACCAAAGGCACCAGAAUAUUAUUAUGAUACGCCUUCGUACAACCCACCACCAUCUGGAUCUACUGCUUAUAGCAUGGAUUCCAACAAUAACAACUCCAUCCACAACAUUCCAGGAUCUCAACACAAUUCGCAAUGGUUCAUCUCAAGCAAUGCUGAUGGUUACAGCUAUUAUUAUUUGCCGUAAAAUGGAAUAGUUUUGAACUGUAUUAAACACACUUUAUUCUGUUUUCUUAUAAACCGCAACAAGAUGAUUUGUUAAGGC